GGUCACUGGAGGGGAGGAUCCUAACCCAACGGGGCGGCGCCCGGACACAGAGCGGGCCCAGCGGGCUGCAGUAUGGCCUCGGUGCCGGGAGGCGGCCGGAGGCGUGGGGCUAGUGAAUAGCGGCUUAGGCUCAGCUAUGUGAUCUCCGGGACACGAACAGUAAUCGUGAAGGACCCUGGGUGUGGCCCGGAAUACCCACCCAUAUGUGCCAGCCUAAGCUUUGCCUGACAUGGUGAUGCCAUACCGGGGUGGUGAUUGGAAGACUUGAUAAGUGCCCCCCACAAAUCCAUACAAAAUGUCUAAGUUGAAGAGCUCUGAGACUGUGCGAGUUGUGGUGCGAUGUCGGCCAAUGAACAGCAAGGAGACAUCUGCUGGCUUUGAUAAAGUGGUAGCUGUGGAUGUAAAGCUUGGCCAGGUGUCAGUAAGGAUUCAGAAAGGAGCCUCCAGUGAGAUGCCGAAAACGUUCACCUUUGAUGCAGUCUACGACUGUAACUCCAAGCAGGUGGAGCUUUACGAUGAGACGUUCAGGCCUCUGGUGGAUUCCGUCUUGCUCGGCUUCAAUGGAACAAUUUUUGCAUAUGGCCAAACGGGCACCGGGAAAACGUAUACAAUGGAAGGGAUAAGGAAUGACCCGGAGAAGAGGGGGGUCAUACCUAACUCAUUUGAACAUAUCUUCACACACAUUUCAAGGUCCCAGAACCAGCAGUACCUAGUGAGAGCAUCGUAUCUGGAAAUCUAUCAAGAGGAAAUACGAGACCUUCUGUCUAAAGACCAGGCAAAGCGCCUGGAGCUAAAAGAAAGACCUGACACUGGCGUGUAUGUCAAGGACCUGUCGUCUUUUGUCACCAAGAGUGUGAAAGAGAUUGAACACGUAAUGAAUGUUGGGAACCAAAACCGCUCUGUUGGAGCAACCAAUAUGAAUGAGCACAGCUCACGCUCGCACGCUAUCUUCAUGAUCACUAUCGAGUGUAGUGAGCUUGGCUUGGAUGGUGAAAACCACAUCCGCGUGGGCAAGUUAAAUCUAGUAGACUUGGCUGGAAGCGAGCGGCAAACAAAGACUGGAGCUCAAGGGGAGAGGCUAAAAGAGGCGACAAAGAUCAAUCUGUCCCUCUCUGCAUUAGGAAAUGUGAUAUCGGCUCUCGUAGAUGGCAGGAGCACCCACAUACCUUACAGGGAUUCAAAACUCACUAGAUUGUUACAAGACUCUUUGGGUGGCAAUGCAAAAACAGUCAUGGUGGCCAAUAUUGGCCCUGCCUCUUAUAACGUUGAGGAGACCCUGACCACCCUCCGUUACUCCAACCGUGCCAAAAACAUCAAGAACAAACCUAGAGUAAAUGAAGACCCCAAGGAUGCGUUACUAAGGGAGUUCCAAGAAGAAAUUGCAAGGCUGAAGGCGCAACUGGAGAAGAGGGUUGUGGGUAAAAGACGUAGGAGGGGGAAAAGAAGAACGGGCGUAGAUGGGGCGGGAGAAGAUGAUGAAGAUGGAGACUCUUGUGAGGGAGAAGAUGAAGUAGAGGAUAAGGAAGACUACUGGCAGGAGCAGCAGGAGAAACUGGAGAUAGAAAAGAAAGCUAUCGUAGAAGACCACAGUCUGGUGGCAGAGGAGAAACUGAAACUCUUACAAGAGAAAGAAAAGAAGAUGAAUGACUUAAGAAGAGAGAAGGAAGCUAUGGAAAUGUUGACCGCCAAAGUUAAGGCCAUGGAGAGUAAACUUCUUGUUGGUGGAAAGAACAUUGUUGACCACACCAAUGAGCAGCAGAAGAUCCUUGAGCAGAAAAGACAUGAAAUCGCUGAGCAGAAACGUCGAGAGAGGGAGAUGCAGCAAGAAAUGGAGAGUCGAGAUGAGGAGACGCUGGAGCUUAAGGAGACAUACAGCUCCUUACAGCAAGAGGUUGACAUCAAGACUAAGAAGCUUAAGAAGCUCUUCUCUAAGCUUCAAGCGGUAAAGGCCGAGAUCCACGACCUGCAGGAGGAGCACAUCAAGGAGCGUCAGGAGCUGGAGCAAACGCAGAAUGAGCUCACCAGAGAGCUGAAGCUAAAGCAUCUUAUCAUUGAAAAUUUCAUCCCAAUGGAAGAAAAAAAUAAGAUGAUGAAUCGAUGCUAUUUCGAGGAGGAGGAAGAUCAGUGGAAGCUUCACCCGAUCAGCAGGCUAGACAAUCAGCAGAUGAUGAACCGUCCCACAUCUGCCGUUGGCUACAAGAGACCGCUUUGCCACCAUGCCAAGAUGUCCAUGAUGGUCAGGCCUGACCCUAGAUACCGGGCUGAGAACAUUGUACUGUUGGAGCUUGAUAUGCCAAGUCGUACAACCCGAGACUACGAGGGGCCAGCUGUGGCCCCCAAAGUUCAGGCUGCUUUGGAAGCUGCUUUGCAGGAUGAAGAUGACAUCCAGGUAGAUGCCUCAACAUUUGAGAGCUCAGCCAGCAAAAAAUCCAAAGCCAGACCUAAGACCGGACGUAGAACAGCUCCGCCCCCAGGCCCUUCUGGAUCAUCACAUUUUCCACAAUCGAGGGGGUUAGUUCCAAAGUAGUUUAAGAAGAUGACCCCAUAAACAAAACUCUGAAUAGGUAGAUGAAGUAUUAGGAUGAUUAAAAUACAACCUGCACGUGCCACAGGGCAGAUCCCUCCACCUCCUAUGGCCCAGGGAGGUGAUGAUGAGGGAUUCAUCUGUAAGCAAGCCAGUGGCGCUGGACUUGUAAUAUGGCAAUGGACCCGCACUUGGCAUGACUUCAACUGUGUGGAAAGUGUGUCUAUGUAGGAGUUUGUGACGGAUCUGAGGACAUCCAGCUGGAGCUGACAUUGAGUGGUGUCGCUGUACCGCGCACUCACCUCUGCACUGAUCUCUCGACACCCCAACCUUUCUUCUUUGGUAUUUAUAUGAUUUUUUUAAACUUAGAUGUAAAUUUAGUCGUCAUCUUUUAUACUGUAAAUUAGGAACUUCAACAGAUGGCGACCUGUGCAUCAUCCCAAGUGACGUUCCCAGGUACGAAAAAUUUCACACACAAAGCUUAUUACUCAGUUCUCUCCAUACCCAAUGGAAGAGAUCAUAUGGCAGACAUCAUAGAGCCCCUUGUUAGUUGAUGACAGACCCGCUCCGGCCCGCUUCAUGCAGUCUGCCAUUUUGCUGCUUGUAACGUGACUGCACUCAGUUUUAUGUUUGAUGUUAAAUGUUCAUGGCUUCCCGAGGCAUCUGCUUGCUCAGUGUUGGCCAUUCAUGCUUCCCUAACCCCUGAGGUGCGAUGUAAUAGGGAGAUGCCUCAGCUCCUCGGCCUUAUCUGAAGAAGCCAUAGAUACUGUGAAUUUUAUACAGUGUCACCAUGCAGUGCGAUGGCUCCUUCCCCGUCCAGGAUCACGCAGGAGGGAGAUCUGUUUAAUUGUACUUUUGUCUAUCGGUGAAUGUAUAUUUAAAUAAAAUCUCUU